AUGGCGCGAACAGGGGGAAGGGGCUGCUACGUAAGAUAUAUAGAGAGAAAGAGAGCUACGAGGGCUAGGGCUGAAGCUAGAGCAAGAGAGGAUAGGAUAAGCAACUUACCCGAUUCAUUGAUAUCUCAGAUACUCUCUCAUCUUCCGACAAAGGAUACUGUUAGGACUAGUGCUCUGUCCAAGAGGUGGAAAGGUGCGUGGCUUUUGAUUCCCGGGUUGGAUUUGGCUUCUUCUGAGUUCCCAGAUUACAGUGCCUUUGUGAGUGUCGUGGACAGGCUCCUAGGUUUCUGUAGGGAAGAGAAGUUAUGCAUGCACAAGCUCAAGCUUAAAAUUUGGAAACGUAAGAGAGAUCCGCCCUGUGUCACGCGGUGGAUAGAAUUUGUGGUUAGGGGUAAACUUGAGCAUCUUGAUGUCGAAUGUCUUAAGAGAAGCAAGUAUUUAGAGGUGAUGCCCUUAAGCCUUUAUAUGUGUGACACACUUGUAUACCUAAGACUCUCUCGGGUAUCGUUGAGGGAGUUGGAGUCCGUGUCUUUGCCUCGUCUCAAGACUAUGGGCUUAGAACACAAUGUAUAUGCCAAUGAUGCGAGUCUGGAGUCACUUAUCUCUUCCUGCCCAGUUCUUGAAGAUUUGAACCUUGUUAGAAUGGUAACAGAUAACGUCAAGGUUGUACGAGUUUACUCUCAGACGUUAACCAGUCUUGAUAUAGACUAUGAUAAUGACUAUGUUUACGGUUGUGUAAGAAAAGGCUCUGGGGUUUUGAUUGAUGCCCCGAGACUCAAGUAUUUGAAAUGGCAAGAUGAUCGAUCGGAGACUAAAAUCUUAACCAAUUCGGAUUCCUUAGCCAAGGUUGAUCUUGCGUAUGUCUUUAAUUUUGUGGAUGGUGCUGCUGACUUACCAAAGCGAAACAUGGUCCGUAACUUUUUUACCAGUAUUUCGAGAGUCACGGAUAUGACCAUCUCUAGCAAUACUGCCGAGGGAUCUGAUCUUGAUCCUUCGGAGGAGGAAGAUCCUUUGGAGGAGGAGGAGGAUCCGUCGGAGGAGCAAGUGCAAAUAAGACUCUCAUCUGUACCUCAGUGUUUGCUGUCAUCACUCGAGCUUGUAGAGAUGAAACACUUCAACGGAGAGCCUGAUGAAAUGGAAGUAGCAAGAGCUCGACCUAGAGAGGAGGCUAGGAUAAGCAAAUUACCCGACGCUUUGAUAUCUCAGAUACUCUCGUAUCUUCCGUCAAAGGAAGCUGUUAGGACCAGUUCUCUGUCCAAGAGGUGGAAAAGUCUCUGGCUUUUGAUUCCCGUGUUGGAUUUGGCCUCUUCUCAGUUCCCAGAUUACAACGCCUUUGUGAGUUUUGUCGACAGGCUCCUAGCUUUCUGCAGGGAAGAGAAGUCAUGCUUGCACAAGCUCAAGCUCGUUAUUCAGAAAGAUGUGAAUGAUCCUCCCUGUGUCACUCGCUGGAUAGACUUUGUGGUUAGGGGUAAACUCGAGCAUCUUGAUGUUGGGUGUCUUGUGAAUCGUGGAGGUGUUGCCUGUAAGCCUUUACGUAUGCGACACACUGGUACAUCUGAGAAUCCAUCGUGUAUCGUUGAGUGA